AUGCCAUCGGUCCACCGCCUCGUAGCCCCCCGCGACCAAAAAUACCAAUCCAACUUCGUCGAGUUCCGCAACAACAAGAUCGUCUACCGGCGGUACGCGGGCCUCUUCUUCUGCGCGUGCGUCGACACCAACGACAACGAGCUAGCGUACCUCGAGGCCAUCCACUUCUUCGUCGAGGUGCUCGACGCCUUCUUCGGCAACGUGUGCGAGCUCGAUCUCGUGUUCAACUUUUACAAGGUGUAUGCCAUCCUGGACGAGGUGUUUUUGGCGGGGGAGAUUGAAGAGACGAGUAAGCAGGUUGUUUUGACGAGGUUGGAGCAUUUGGAUAAGUUGGAGUAG